AUGAAAGUUUGGAUUGUUCUCGUCUUAUUCAUUGCCAGCACUGCAAAUGCUGGAAUUCUUCAAAACCUUUUCCAAAGGUUGGAUCUUCAAUCAUUGACAUUGCAAGAGCUUCAAUAUGGACUUACCCAGGCAAAAAAUAUUAUUGACGAAAAUGGAGCUGAACUUUUGGACGAAAUUGAUUCCAUCCGUAGUGACCUUGUAGCUCUUUUGGCAGCAACUGAUGCAGGUUUAGCGGAAGUUGGAGUAACUGCAGCUGAAAAUGAAAAUGUCAGACAAGCUUUGAGAAGUAUUCGUCAAAUUGCUAGAGCCUUGAACCGAGGUUUGAGAGAUUUAUUUAAACGUGCAAGGGCAUUGAGACGAUUCCGUCGAGAAGUAAUUGACGACAUUGUCGCACUUGCUGAACAAAGACAAGAUUAAUUUCAUCGCAAGAUUGACAAAGUUUGUUCAAACUCCAUAGGAGAUCUCUCCUAACAUUUCGUAUCUUAAUUGUAAUCAAUUGAAUUCAAAAAAUAAAAAAGAACAUUCAAUCACC